GUGUUGUGUUUGUUUUAUUAUGACAAACAUAACCUCAAAAAAAAACUCACAUUUAGACUGAACGAAAUCAUAGUUGAGAGUCGUGUGUGGCGAUUGUGAAUUGUUUGGUGUUUGAUUAAAAUAAAAUAACCGGACGAUGGAUAACGAGGAAAUGGAUAUGGAAGUGACUGAUGAAGUCAUUGACGAGGAUAUGGACAGCAGUGGUGAUUCGAGCGACGAGGAAGGUGAUAGAAAAGAUAGUAAAGAUGAAACAGGCCAAGUUUAUCUACCGGGAAAGCCACUUGAUGCCGAUGAAGAGUUGGUGUGCGACGAAUCAGCAUAUGUGAUGCUGCACCAAGCACGAACUGGAGCACCAUGCCUCAGUUUUGAUAUCGUUCGUGAUCAACUGGGCGAUAAUCGUGAAACAUUCCCGUUGUCGUGUUAUAUGGUGGCGGGUACACAAGCAGCCAAAGCACAUGUCAACAAUAUUAUCGUUAUGAAAAUGUCCAAUUUGCAUCGGAAUAGCGAAGAAAACGAUGAUGACGAGUCCGAGGAGGAAUCAGAUGACGAAGAAAACGGAUCGUCCAAACAAAAACAACCACAAAUGGAUUGUGCGUUGAUCAAACAUGCCGGUUGUAUAAAUCGGAUACGUACAACAAAUGUGGCAAACAAUGUGUUAGCAGCGGCAUGGAGUGAAUUGGGCCGAGUGAACAUUUGGAGUAUAUCCGAACAAUUGUUGGCCGUUGACGACAAAGAGUUGCUUAGUUCGUACCAAAAAGAGGGAAAAGCAAACAAAGCAAAAAGUCUGUUCACGUUUAGUGGCCAUCAACAAGAAGGUUUUGCGCUUGAUUGGAGUUUAGUCGCACCAGGUCUGUUGGCAACUGGAGACUGUCGGAGGGAUAUUCACGUUUGGCAACCACAUGAAUCAGGCACAUGGAAUGUUGACCAACGACCAUUAAUUGGGCACACCGAUUCGGUCGAAGAUUUACAAUGGAGCCCCAAUGAACAAAGUGUCUUGGCCUCUUGUUCCGUUGACAAAAGCAUUCGAAUUUGGGACAUUCGAGCUGCACCAGGCAAGGCAUGCAUGUUGACAUGCGAAAAUGCACACAGUAAUGACAUCAAUGUAAUCAGUUGGAAUAGAAGUGAGCCGUUUAUAGCGAGUGGAGGUGACGAUGGUGUGCUUAACAUAUGGGAUUUACGGCAAUUUGCAUCAAGAACACCUAUUGCCACAUUCAAACAUCACACAAAGCCAAUCACAACGGUCGAAUGGCAUCCCACUGAUUCAACCGUGUUGGCUACUGGUGGUGCUGAUGAUCAAAUUGCAUUAUGGGAUUUGGCGGUGGAAAAAGAUACCGAAGCCGCAGCCGGUGUUAGCAAUGGAGCAACCGAAGAGGAUGAUUUGGGCAAUUUGCCACCGCAAUUGUUGUUCAUCCAUCAAGGUCAAACUGAUAUUAAAGAAUUGCAUUGGCACCCACAACUCCCUGGUGUCAUCCUAUCAACGGCACACAGCGGAUUCAAUGUUUUUAAAACCAUCAGCGUUUAAGCAUUGGAUAGAGUCUACUCAAGUUAUUUUCUUGUCAUCAAAACCUCAAAAAUGGAAAAUAAAUUUUUUUAAUAUUUUACGAUGUAAACAAAAGCACCGUGUGUCAUUUGCGCGCAAUCAAUUGCACUAUCUUCAUCAUCCUAGGAACUAUACCAAUCUCAGUUGUACACCGUAAUAUUUUUUAAUUUGAUCGAUUUAAAUCAUAAACGAUUGAUUGUUAUUUUGCUUUAUUUUCGUACAUAAAUAGAAUGUAAACCACUAACUGUCAAUUUUUGACAUUUUAAAAUAGUCGACACAAAUUUUCCGUUGAUCAUUUAUUUUGAAAAGCACUUGUCUAUGCAUACGUGUCUAUUUGUAUACAGAUGAAACAACACUACCACCAUCAUAGAAACAAAGCAGAUAAUUCAUUCAUUGUCGAUGUGUUGGUGUGUCUCUAAAUAAAAUUCUAUAUCUAACACA